AGGACAUUCUGUGCAUCAACAAAAACAGCAUGAAGUUUGAAGAUCUAAUUACUGAGAUCAAUGGCUUCGGCAGGUUCCAGAAGAUGAUUAUUUGCAUCAGUUUUGUAGGUCGAUUCAUCAUCCCGUGUCACUUUCUAUUAAGCAACUUCAUCGCCGCCAUCCCGUCACAUCACUGCGACAUCAGCUCUCUGGAUGCCGACGGGCUCUUUGGGAAUCUGACUCAGGAGGAGAGACUGACUGUCAGUGUUCCAGCACAGGACGGGACUCCUGUUUCCUGUCAAAUGUUCUCUCAUCCUCAGUUUCAGCUGCUGAUAAACUCCUCCAGCAGCACAGAUCUUCCAGUAGUGGAGUGUCAGAAUGGAUGGCACUUUGAUAACAGCACCUUUAUCAGCACUCUCGCCACACAGUGGGAUCUGGUUUGUGAUAACAGAGGUCUGAAUAAAGCUGUGGCCACAAUCUUCUUUGUCGGUGUGAUGUUUGGAGCAGCUUUUUUUGGAGGAAUGAGUGACAGAUUUGGGCGUAAGCCAAUGCUGCUUGUCUCAUACAUAUCAGGAAUGGCUUUUGCAUUAGCCAGCAUCUUUUCUACCUCCUUCACCAUGUUUGCAGUGCUGAGAUUCUUCAGUGGAUUCACUAUUACUGGCAUUGUUAUUGUCUCUUCUGUCCUUAAUCUGGAGUGGGUGGACAUUGAGCACAGGAGACUAGUGAGUAUCAUUGACAGUAUGGCAUGGGCUGUAGGGAGCACCUCGUUGGCUCUGAUUGCGUUCUUUAUUCGAGACUGGAGAUGGCUGACAGUAGCUGUCACUUCACCUUUAGUGCUGUGCAUUAUCCUCUGGUGGUGGGUUCCAGAGUCGGCUCGGUGGCUGAUAGCCAAUGGGGAGGUGGAAAAAGCUCAUUAUUAUUUGCAUAAAUGUGCCGUCAUGAACCGUAAAGCAGAAGUUACAUCAAGAAUCAAACCUGAGGCUCUCGCUAUCACUGUUUCAGAACAAGGAAAGAAAAAAUAUACAUAUCUGGACCUUGUCAGAACACCUAAGAUGAGAAAACUGGCUAUGCUCACAGGAACCAUAUGGUUUUGUGUCGCCACUAUGACCUAUGGUAUAAGCCUCAAUAUCACAGGCUUUGGAUUGAAUAUGUACCUCACUCAGUUUGUUUACGGAGCCAUUGAGGUUCCAUCUAAACUAAUCGUAUAUUAUCUUCUGGAGAAAAUUGGCAGACGGAAGACUGAAGCAGGAGCUCAGCUAUUUGCUGGAAUCAGCCUCAUGAUUAACAUAUUCAUACCUAAAGAUCAGUGGAUUGGUCGUACUGUGGUUGCUGUUCUGGGUAAAGGCUUCGCGGUUGCUGCUUUUUGCACAAUUGUAUUAUACAGCUCAGAGCUUUACCCGACUGUUCUCAGGCAAAAUGGCAUGGGCUAUAAUUCCUUCCUGGCUCGUCUGGGUGUUUCUGUGGCUCCUUUAGUCCUGCUAUUGGACACUUUCUGGGGUCAGUUCUCUCAGACCAUCUUGUGCUCUGUGGCACUAAUUGCUUCUGUGGUGGCAUGGAAUUUACCAGAGACCCGGGACAGGUGUCUUCCAGAGACUAUAGAGGAUGUUGAGGGCACUGGGAAAACUCCCAUUAAAGAUCAAGAGAAGCAGGAGAACGAGGAGAAAAUUGCAAUGAAUGAACCCCAGUGAACGGACCACAGAGUUCAGUUUUAGCAUAUGAAAAUUACACUUUGAUGUUCUGUUGCUCAGUGUCAUAUUCAGAUCCCAAGACAGUAAGACAAAAAGAAAAAACAGUUCUUAAAGUCUUCUAAAAUAUUUUUGUUUAUUAGUUACACAAGGAUUUACAACUUUGUUUCCAGUGCCAUGUAAUAAUUACAGAUAUUUUCUAAAUAAGAUAAGAUUGAAUGGAAGCGUGAAUGAAUAGAUGGAAAUUGUGAGUCUGUGUUUGUUGAAAAGAAGAGCAGAAAAAUUAAACAGAGAACCGCGUGUGUGUGUGUGUGUGUGUGUGUGUGUGUGUGUGUGUGUGUGUGUGUGUGUGUGUGUGUCAAUUAGAAAAAAUGCAAUACAUGCAACAGUGUUUGCAUAUACCUGACUGUGUGAAAAGCUUUACACCUUGUAUUAUGUAAAAAAAAUCUGUACCAAAUAAAAAAAGUUUUUCUUUAUGA